AAGAGAAUAUCUGUCCAUCUGCAUAAUGUCAUUCCCUGGCUCGACGUUCCACCCAGGAUCAACGCCUGGAACACAAGAAAUCAAUACGGCUGACACUCCAUCUGCAGAACAUCGGAGAAGUGCCGACUUUAACCCUGACGACCAUAUUAUCCCAUGGGUUGGUUUGCCUUCCUUUGACCGCGAACCCCACUCAGAUGAAAUGAAACAAUCAUGCAAUCGUCUGUAUAAAGCUGCGGUAAAAGGUAACUGGAUAAUGGCAAAACAAAUCAUAGACGAAGAUGAGACCAACAGCAUAUUAGGUCUGAAUAUUACAUAUGGAAAGUACACCACACUUCAUGUUGCAGCCGGAGCGCCACAUGUUCACUUUGUGAAUCAAUUGCUGGAAAUGAUGGCCACGCGGCCGGAAUACCGAAAAUAUCUCUUGCGACUAAAAGAUGGAAGAGGUAAUACUGCCUUCUGUUUAGCUGCGGCUGCUGGAUCUAUAGAAAUUAUUAAAACUAUGAUGGCACAUGAUCCAAGCCUGCAAGGAAGAUUGGGUGGGGAAGGAAAGACGCCACUCUACAUGGCUACUUUGUUUGGACAUGAGCAAAUGGCCUCGUACCUGUAUGGGCUGUAUGUUGAACCGUUACCUCGAGGCGAAGAUCUGCUUGGAGUAUUUUUCAGUUGCAUAAAUACUGGUCUCUAUGGUCUAGCCGCUGAAGUGUUGAGACAACAUCCCAGUUUUGCUUUAAUUAAAACGCGAUGCUGAACAUUCAAAGACAGCUUUACAUUUGCUUGCUGAAAAGCCUUCAGCGUUCACCUGUAGACCUUCUUCAGAGAUAUGUAUGAGGCUCGAAC